AUGGAGACAAACCUAGAAAUAUCGGAAUCUGAUGAGUACGAGGAUGACUUGCCUAAAUUAGAGCAAGCUAACAUCCUGUGGUCUAGCACUAACGUUUACAUAGUGCAGGAAUUGUUGGGCAGCGGCACCUUUGGUAACGUUGUGAAGGGUGUUAUAAGAGCAACCAACGAAAAUGUGGCAAUCAAAAUCUUGAAGGACCAUCCACGUGUUGUUAAAUAUGCUGAGGCUGAGGUGGAAAUCCUCUCCCAGCUGAACAAGGAAAACCCAGACGAAUUUAACGUUGUUAAGCACUAUGAGUAUUUCCAACACAACGAUAACAUGUGCCUUGUGUUCGAGAUGUUAGAUAUCAGCCUAUACAACUUUAUACAGAAACGCAACAAUAGGCCGCUUCCUGUGAGACACAUACGCCCUAUUGUGCAGCAGGUGGGCAAUGCACUGGAUAAGCUAAAGAGUCUACAGAUAAUUCACACCGACUUGAAGCCAGAGAAUAUCAUGUUGGUAAACACGUCCAAGUACCCAUUCAAGAUCAAGGUCAUAGACUUUGGUUGUGCCAUCCAUACAUCCAAGGUUCGAGUUCCAAGUUACAUACAAACAAGAUACUAUAGGUCCCCAGAAAUAUUGUUGGCAUUACCGUUCUGGGAGGCUAUCGACAUGUGGUCUCUGGGGUGUAUCAUGGCAGAGCUAUUUACAGGAUAUCCAUUGUAUCCUGGAGCAUCUGACUAUGAUCAGAUCCGCUACAUCACAGAGACCCAGGGUCUGCCCCCUGAUAAAAUGCUCGAUUGGGGAAUAAAGACCGAGGAUUACUUUAGAAUCAACGGUGAAUGUGAGGUUUUAUUAUGGAGUUUAAAGAGUAAAAUACACUAUGAAUAUGAGACUGGUAUUAGACCAAUGGAAAGAAGGAGAUAUGUCUUCAGCUCUCUUGAUGAUAUGAGGAAGAUAAUUUUACCAUCAAAGUUAGAGGGCAGUGACACGCUGGUGGAGAUGGCUGACAUAUGGCAGUUUCUUGAUCUGCUGAAGGAAAUGCUUACUAUGGACCCAUACAAGAGGAUAACUCCCAUAGCCCUUCUCAGCCAUCCCUUCAUCACCAUGGCUCACCUCCAGCACUUUACACGGAGUUCAUACGUAAAUCAUUGCUUCCAGGCCAUGGAGAUAAACAAAGAACAGCAUGCAAAUACUAUCGCACUUUCAAAUAAAACUGAGGCUGAGCCCCAGGGAGCAUGUGAGAGUUCCCCAUCAGCACAGAUCGAGAUCCAAGACCAGGUGAGUAUAGUGAUAGUCCUCCUUAUGAUCCCAUUAAAAACCGGAGGGGAACUGUUAGGGGUGUCCAGUAGACAGCAAUGUGCAGCUGAAGAUGUAAUGGUUUCUCCAGCUUGUGGGAUGGGGAUCAUUAUUCAUAACUCUAAUUAUAACGUGAACACAGACAUAGAACAGGAGGUAUGGCCUGAGCCUCCAGAAAUGGAGACAGAGUCACCGAAUGAAGAGGACAAGAAGGAACAGCUGAUAGAAGAAGAUUCUGGGAAGAAAGAAAAGGAAAAAAAGAAUGAUCGCAGCGAGAGACAUCUGGAACUUCAUGUAAAUGCUAUCGCACUAGCUAGCCAAACUGAGGCUGAGCCCCUGGGAGCAUGUGAGAGUUCCCCAUCAGCACAGAUCGAGAUCCAAGACCAGGUGAGUAUAGUGAUAGUCCUCCUUAUGAUCCCAUUAAAAACCGGAGGGGAACUGUUAGGGGUGUCCAGUAGACAGCAAUGA